AAGAUCAUGGAUGGUUCCCCCCAAUGACUUUGGUUAAUGGUGAAAUCUGGAUUGUUGGUGGAUGUUGGGGAUUUAAAACAAAAACAGUGGAAAAGUAUGAUUCUCUGCGAAACCAGUGGACAAAGAUGAAGAGCAAGAAUGUUAAAUGUGAUGGUCCUGCAGUCAUCUGCAUGCAGGGAAGCAUUUAUAGUUUGGGAGGAAGGGAAGGAUCAAGAAAAACCAACAAAGCAGAAUGCUUCAAUCUAAAUACGUCAACAUGGAGUUUCAUUUCACCAAUGCUGAAUGCAAGAGAAGACUCUGCUGCUGUUGAAUUUCAGAAUCGACUUUAUGUGCUUGGUGGAUUGGAUGAGGGAGAUCUGAAAACUGUUGAAGCAUACGACCCAUCAUCCAAUUCCUGGACCAUGUUUGCACCGAUGAUAAUUGCUCGAUUUCAUCUCAAAAGCUUUGUUUUCAACGGGAACAUUUAUGCAGUUGGUGGAUUCAAUUCAAAGAAAACCAUGGAGAAAUACGAUUCUGAAAAGAAAACUUGGGUGAUGGUUGACAUUCUCAAAGAUAUUGACCAUAAAAUAGAGGACUCAGUGAAAAUAAAAGCCAUAUGAAUAUUCGCACCCAACAUAUGGACUUUCGAACAUUCCACAGCUUCUAAUUAUUUUAUUCCCAUUUAUCGUGGCACUAGAUUUUGAUAUUUUGUAUUUUGCAAAUCAAUCAAAUAUUUUUUCUGUUCAAAUUGUAAUUUGAACUCAGUCCCUGUAUAUCGCAAAAACACUUCCUCUCCUCGUACUGCCAAUAUUUUUAUAUUAAUUUGUGUGCGAUCAAAUUAGGAUAGAAUUUACAUAUUUAUCUCGGGGGAGAGGAAAGAAAUAAGACUGCUCAACCAUAUGGCUUACCACGGCCUCUCGUCCAGUUACUAUUUUAUGUCGGUUAUGGGAUUAGUUAGUUAUUUGUUUUUGGGAACAUGGACUUGAUGGUAGAGGAAGCUGUAACUGACCAAUGGCUACGUGAACCACCCUACGACGGCAAGAAAUCCAGCAAUCCUCUCACACAUAACAAUUUCCACAUGGGAUCCGAAUCUGCGAACCCACGCAGAGUAAUCAGAGGUGCGAUGGCGAGCGUAUUCCUAACGCUUAGCAUGUUGAGCCACACCGCCGCGCCCAAUUUAUAGCCCUGAAUAUUGUGAAAAGCCUUGCUUCCCAGCAUUUAAACUCACUGCGGCAAAGUUCCCAACCCUGGGGAUUUUGUAGGUCUUGGGAAGGAAUUUUGUCUUGCACUUGCUGCGGAAUUAUACCAUUCUUGAGGUCUGUUUAUUACUAUAAUACCACAUUGUAAACUACUUGAUUUGUACAAAAGCGAGAGUGCGAUUUGCCAUAACAAUUUCUACUGAGCUAAGGGUCCAUUAAAUAUUGAAUUUGAUGAAAAAGGUUGGGAACCACUGCACUAUGGGAAGAACUACUGGGGAUUAGUUUAAAAUAUUCUAGUGUUAGGUUCCAUUUUUAAGUACUGGGUUAAAUUUAUAAUCCUCUUUUACAUUCCUUGAUUUUUAAAGUACUUCCUGAAACCCUCUAAUUCAGUUUGCAAAAUGGAAGUUUUUAUUUCUGAUUUUUGUGUCCACUGUUUGUUAAAUUUCUUGUGCAUAUUCUGUUUACUCCUACAAUAACAAUAUAUCAUAUUAGAGGGAGUUACUAGUCGAUUUGGAAGAAGCUUUCUAGUUCGACAUGGACUGAAGGGACUCCAAUUAGGGCGGUUAUUGACGAACUAGAUUGAAUGCAUUAAGAUAAAAAAAAUUGUAAAAAUUGCUAGAUAAAACAAUGUUGUUAUUGGUGCGACAUGAUAUAGUCCAAGGUUAAACUAAAAUGUGCCAGUAAUAUAGGAUUUCAACAUCUGCCACACCAUGAGCAUAAUGUUUUUCAAGUAAACUAAAUUACUUUUCAUAAAUGCAAGUAUUCCCAUAUGCCUGUAAUGAAGUUACUACUCCUACAUUUUAUGUUCAUCCUUGAAAUAGUUAACUUAAUUGAAAUUUGAGGGUUUUUAUUCUCAAAUAUGCAUUUUUUUGUUGUUGGAAGUAGUGAGUUAUAUGUCAAAGUAAAUUCUCGUCUGGACAUCAAAAAUUUAAAUUUUAUGUAUUUUUUAUUCCAAAAUACGCAUCCUAAUUGUUUUUAAUGCUGUAUCAGUGAGUUACAUGUGCUCCCUAUGCACUUUGCUAUUAUUGUAAUCUGAAUACCCGUACUUCGAGUUAUAUAUUUUGAAUUAAUCAAGUGUUUCUGAGAAGAACACCUGGGUGAUGAUUGAUAUUCCUGAAGAUAUGAACCUUAUAUAUAAAGGAAUCAGUGAUUAUAAAAGUUUCAUGAAUAUUCUCACCAGCCAUAUUGAAUAUCGAACGUUCCAUUGUUGUCAAUUUUUCAUUUUAAUUAGUAUGACCAUUUUUAUAUUUUGCUGGUCAUUCAAAUAUAUAUUUUUUUAUUUGCAAUUUCAACUCCCUGAAUAUCGCAAAAAAACGUUUGCUCCCAGAACUUCCAUUUAUUUUAUAUCAACUAUAUUAACUUGUGUGUGAUCAAAUUAGGACAGAAUAGGAUUUACAUAUUUAUCCCGGGGAUCCUCUCGCUCAUAACCAUCCCUGCAUGGGAUUCGAACCUGCGAACUCACGCAGAGUAAUCAGAGGUGCGGUGGCGAGCGUAUCCCUAACGCUUAGCACAAUGAGCCACACCGCCGCCCCAAAUUAUGGUCUUGAAUAUUGUGAAAAGCCUUGCUUCCCAGCAUUUACACUCACUAGGGCAUUGUUUCCCAAUCGUUGAGAAAUUUUGUCGGUCUUGAGAAGGAAAUUUGCCUUGCCCUUGCUGCGGAAUUACUAAUAUUGUCGAGGUCUGUUUUGUUACUAUAAUACUUCUUUAUGCUCACAUUAUAAACUACUUGCACUGUACAAAUGUGAGAAUGCGACUUGCGCAUAACAAUUGCUACUGAGCUAAAUGACUCAAUAAGUUACUCUCUAUGCAUAGUGAGGGAGGCAAAAGUGUUCCAA